AUCCAGCUCACGGUCUGCUCUAUUAAUUGUAGGAAAAACAAGGUGUAUGGAUAUUUCGCAAUAAUGGAAUGAUUUUAACUACCACUGACAAUUGGAUGUAGGUUUACCUUUGUUGUCGGCUAGCAUUCAAUAUGAGUUCAGCGCUAGCCUUGCUGGCAAGUGUUGCCUUGAUGGGCUGGGAUGUGACUGGCGAUGGACAUGACAGGGAACAAGGUAGCGUUCACAACAUAAUCUCGGAGCGGUGCUGCCCAAGUGAUGAAUGCUACCCCUCUCAGAUGGACAUGGCCGCCCUCAACCAUGAUAUGAACGGGCACCUGCUGUUGCCAAGCUACCCAGAGUACAGUAAACAGGCACAUAUGUACAACACCAUUGAACAGAGGUACCCAAAUUUGAUCGCCGUGGUGAAGAACGCUGAUGACAUCCAGAAAGCGGUGCAGUUCGCCCGGAAAUACAACUUACACGUGACAGUACGGAGCUCGGGACACGACUAUGUGGGCCGCUCCACGUGGGAGGGAAGUUUCCUCGUAAGCCUGUCUGAGAUGGACGAGAUGGAGAUAGACCUGAGCACGGAGAGGAGCCCACAUGGCACGGUUAAGGUGCAGACCGGGAUACAAUGGCAGGAGAUAUACGAGAAGUUGAACACGCUUGGGCGUGUUGUGGUUGGCGGCAGCGCCCACACAGUGACCCCGGGGGGCUACAUGCUCGGUGGUGGGCACAGCCCCGUGUCCCGUUCCCUUGGAUACGUCAUCGACAACCUGCUAGAGGCUCAGGUGGUGCUUGCUGACGGUUCGAUCGCCACUGCGACGGAGAACAGGACGGUGAUUGUCACCCCGGUAGGCGAUAUCAUGUAUCACGAGAACGGAGACCUGUUCUGGGCACUUAGGGGCGGCGGUGGGGGCACAUUUUGAAUUGCCGUCUACUUUGUUUACCGCCUGAACCCAAUGCCGUCCCAGAUGGUAGUUUUCAGUAUGCUCGUCGCCAUUGAAAUGAACGUUUUGGGGUUAAACUUUUUCGAAGAGGUAUUAGAAGUUGUUGAGCAGCUACUGGAGAAAAUACCGCCAACAUGGGGUGGCUACUGGCUGCUUAACAACUUUCCGGGAUCUUUCGAGGACCCCGGCUCCAAAACCAUGAUCAAUUACAAGGGUUCGCUAACAUUCUUCUUUAACAAGUUUGCGCCCUGGGAUGGAUCCGAAUAUAAAGAAUAAGAGCCUGCAGUCAACUGGGCAAGAAGCAAGUAAGUAGAAACACUUGUAUCAGGAAUAAGACACUAAUGUUAAUGAGCGGCGGCUCUGUUCACUUGCAUUUAUCUUUCUUUUAUAGGAAAGAAAUGUCAGUUUAUACAAAUCCCAUUAUGCGCGAUCUAACAAUCUGAUACUAUAGUCUGAUAAAUUAUAGAAUCUUGAUUCUGUUUCCUGGAUAGAAACAAGUUCUGGUGUCAGUUUUGAGAAGCCAUGUGAAAGUACCUCUGUUGGUGAUCGAACCCACUACCUCCUGUGUAAGAGGUGGACACCUACACCACUUAACCAAUCUGACCAUGUCGGGGAUCGAGUCAACGGUUUCCUCUUUGAGGGGUGGAUACCCAUACCACUAAACCACUCACAUCCUGUUGAAGAUCGAACCCACUAUCUUCUGUAUAAGAGGUGGACAUAAAUACCACUAAACCACUUUCACCCAGUAAGGGAUUUAACCCACACCCUGCUGUGUGAGUUGUGGACAUAAAAACUUUUACCACUCUCACCCUGUAAGGAAUCGUACCUACACCCUCCUGUGUGAGGGGUGGACAUAAAUACUACUUAACCAUUCUCACAAUGUGAGGGAUCGAACCUACUACUUCCUGUUUGAGAGGUGGACACCUUUACCACUAAACCAUUCUGACCCAGUUGGGGAUCGAACCUACAACCUCCUGUGUGAGAGGUGGGCAUCUACACCACUUUACCACUCUGGCCAUGUUGGGGAUCGAGCACGCUACUUCCUCUUUGAGGGGUGGACACGCAUACCAUUAAACCACUAUCACCCUGUUAGGGAUCGAACCCACGCCCUCCUGUGUGAGACGUGGACACGUACACCACUAAACCAUUCUUUACCUAUCUGGGAUCGAGCUCACUUCUUUCAGUGUGAGCGAUUGGUACCCUUACCACUUAACCAUCCUGACCCUGUUAGAGAUCGACCUACUACCCCCUGUGUGAGGGAUGGACACCUACACCACUCAACCAUUCUCACACUGUGAGGGAUCGAACCCUUUACUUCCUGUGCAAGAGAUGGACACAUGUAUCACUAAACCACUCUGAUCCUAUUAGGGAUCGCACCCAUAACCUUCUUUGUGAGAGAGGACACCUACACCACUAAACCACCCUCACCCUGUUCGGGAUCGAACCCACUACCACUUGUAUGAGAUAAGGAUACCCAUACCACUAAACCACUCUCACCCUUUUAGGGAUCGAGCCCACUACCUCUUGUGUGAGAGAUUGACACAUAUACCAAUAAACCACUCUCACCCUUUUAGGGAUCGCACCCACAACUUCCUGUGUGAGAGAUGGACACCUUUACCACUAAACCACUCUCACCCUUUUAGGGAUCCACCAAAUACCUCCUGUGAGAGAUGGACACCUAUACCACCAAUCAACUCUCACCCUUUUAGGGAUCGAACCCACUACUUCUUGUGUGAGGGAUGAACACCUAUACCACUAAACCACUCUCGUCCUGUCAGGAAUCGAACCCACUACCUCCUGUGUGAGAGAUGGACACCUAUACCACUAAACCACUCUCGACCUGUCAGGGAUCGAACCACUUCCUUCUGUGUGAGAGGUGUACACCUAUACCACUUAACCACUCUGGACCUGUCAGGGAUUAAACCCACUACCUUCUGUGUGAGAGAUGGCCACCUAUACCACUGAACCACUCUCGACCUGUCAGGGAUCGAACCCACUACCUUCUGUGUGAGAGAUGGACACCUAUACCACUAAACCACUCUCGACCUGUCAGGGAUCGAACCCACUACCUCCUGUGUGAGAGAUGGACACCUAUACCACUAAACCACUCUCACCCUUUUAGGGAUCGAACCCAUACCUCCUGUGUGAGAGAUUGACACCUAUACCACCAAAACCACUCUCACCCUAUUGGGGAUCGAACCCACUACCUCCUGUGUGAACAAUGGACACCUUUACCACUAAACCACUCUCGACCUGUUAGGGAUGGAACCCACUACCUCAUGUGUGAGAGGUUGACACCUAUACCACUAAACAACUCUCACCCUAUUAGGGAUCGUACCCAUGCCCUCCUGUGUGAGAGGUGGACACCUAUACCAUCAAAUCGUCCUCACCCUGUUUGGGAUCGAACCCAUGCCCUCAUGUCUGAAAGGUGGACACUAUACCACUAAACCUCCCUCACCCUGUUUGGUAUCGAACCCACUACCUUCUGUGUGAGAGAUGGACACCUAUACCACUAAACCACUCUCACCCUAUUAGAGAUCGUACCCACGCCCUCCUGUGUGAGAGGUGGACACCUUUACCACUUAACCUUCCUCGCCGUGUUUGGGAUCGAACCCACGCCCUCCUGUGUGGGAGGUGGACACCUAAACCAUUUAACCACUCUCACUCUGUUAGGGAUUGACCCCACUGCCUUCCGUAUGAAAGGUGGACAUUAAUACCACUAAACCACUCUCACCAGGUAAGGGGUCUAACCCACACCCUCCUGUGUGAGGGGUGGACAUAUAUACCACUAAACCACUCUCACCCUGUUAGGGAUCGUACCCACGCCCUCCUGUGUGAGAGGUGGACACUAUACCACCAAAUCGCCCUCACCCUGUUUGGGAUCGAACCCAUGCCCUGAUGUGUGAAAGGUGGACACCUAUACCACUAAACCUCCCUCACCCUGUUUUGGAUCGGACCCACUACCCCCUGUGUGAGAGGUGGACACCUUUACUACUAAACCACUCUCAUCCUGUUUGGGAUAGAACCCACGCACUCCUGUGUGAGAGGUGAACACCUAAACCAUUUAACCACUCUCACCCUGUUAGGGAUUGACCCCACUGCCUUCCGGAUGAAAGGUGGACAUUAAUACCACUCUCACCCAGUAGGGGAUCUAACCCACACCAUCCUGUGUGAGGGGUGGAUAUAAAUACUUCUAAACCACUCUCACCCUGUUGGCGACUGUCUACCUGCAGCGUAAGAAGGGACACAUUUACCACUCUAAACAUCUCGUAGACAUUGGAUAAUUUUCUUCUGCUAUUUUAUCGUUUAUCAUACCGGUAUCAUAUAUUUAAAUCAGUUUAUGUACAGGUAUGCUACCAGAACCAUACAAUCAUUGAAUGUAUUUAUUAGUAUUGCGGUAUAGGAUUAUUUAAGUACUAUUAGGUAUUCGACGCUCAGACGGGAUAGAGAAAACAUUGCAAAAUUGUCAAAUCUCGAGUUUUUUCUUAAUCUUUGGUAUUCACUUCGGGAAGAUGUCAUUUGACUCUGCGGGAAUAAAUUAUCAAGAUCAGCUUGAGUUUAGCCAUAGGCAGCUUUCGUCUAUUUCCUUGGGCCAGUCUAUCCAGCCGGAAGACCGUAGCAGGAGACCGGAAGUACAACGUGGCAAGGAGCCGGUUUGCACAUCUCGUGGCAGGGACUCGGAGACCUUGAAUGAUAGAGACCCUGGAGCAAGUUACAGCGGAGAUAAAGAUAGGCCUGGGCCCUCGGGGGAUAGAGAAGGAGAUUUGUUUGGAGCUUUUGAUUUAUUCAGAUCUUAUUUUGACACGAAACUUUCAACAUUAAAACAAGAGCUAACGAGUACAAGUUGCAAACAAAAGGAAAAAGAUAACAUUCCUUAUUUCAAGAAUACCUCCUGCAAAAUUCAGUUUCAGUUCAAUACUGACAUUUCAAACUUGUUACACUUUAUCGUGGAUUCUGACAGCCUUGAUUCAAAUAAAGAAAAAGCUAAAGAAGCGCUAAGGAAAAUUAAACAUAGAAACAAACUUAUUCGUUUGGCGGACAAUUCCCCUGGGGGCUGGGCCACAGUCAAAGAAUAUGAAACCCCAGAAUUGGGCUCUGAUAGCGAUGACGAGCGUAAAAUCAAAAGGGCUGAAGCCAAGGCUGUCAGAAAACUUAAAAAGGGUAAUCCUACAAAUGCUGAUUCUCUUUCUUUUUUCCCUGAUCGUAUGGAGCGGAGGCCAGCACCAGCGGCAACCUUUGGAUACCCGGGACGUUCUUCCGGUGCGGGCCCAUCUUCCCCUCACGGCCCAUGGCUACGGGCAUGCGGGAUCUUUUUCGGACCUACAGUCCCUAUCAGGACCAGUAUCAACCCCAGCAACCCUAUUAUAGAACGCUAGAUAAAGUCAUCUGCUUCGCAUGUGGAAAGCGGGAUCACUUCCGGCGCGAGUGCGAGUGGCUAUCCAGAUUUAACCAGUCAGCCAACCGUGAUGUCAAGCCCACAGGAGCAAACUCAGCCACUUAAUGAUGAGUAUUUAUUCAAUAUUUGUAAUCAAGAUCAUUGUUUUGAGUUUUAAUCUGAUUCUCCCAUCAAAACAUCUUUGGUUAAAGGCAGCCUUAAAAAACAAUGUACACUAUUGGAAGACUAUUGGCACAAACCCUGAUAUAAUAGAUGUUAUUGAAAACGGCUAUAAAAUUCCUUUCAUUUCAAUGCCGGAAACAUCGUUUUCAAAAAAUAAUCAGUCAGCUCUUUGAAAUAUUGAAUUUGUUAAAGAAUCUAUUGAUGACAUGUUGAAAAACGGUUUUAUAGAACAAACAGAUUUUCCACCUCAUGUAGUCAGUCCUUUAAGUGUUUCUGUAAACAAAUCGGGUAAGAAACGACUUAUUUUAGAUCUCAGAAUAGUAAAAAAAAUAUAUUUGGAAGGAAAAGAUGACAUUUGAAGAUUGGAAAGUAGGAGUCGAAUAUUUUGAAAAAGACUCGUAUUGUUACAAAUUGGAUUUGUCUAAAGGUUAUUAUCAUAUCGAUAUAUUCCCAGAACAUAAAACAUUUCUGGGUUUCAGUUUAGAAGGAAAAUACUUCUGCUACUCUGUGGUUGCUUUCGGUUUGUCGAGCGCUCCUUUUAUUUUCAGUAAGGCAUUGCGUGAAAUGGUUAAGUUCUGGAGAUUCAACGGUAUCAAAAUUGUUAUAUUUCUUGAUAAUGGGUGGGGGACCAACAAGAGUUGCGAUUUAGCUACACGCGAUGCAAUAUUUGUGAAAGAUAGCCUCAAUCAGGCAGGGCUUAUUAUAAAUGAUGAAAAGUCAGUCUGGUUACCGGUUCAAAAUCUAGAGUGGAUUGGCUUGUUGUGGAAUAGCAUUGACUACUCUAUUAGCAUUCCAGCACGUAGAAUUGAAGAUUUUAAAAUGUUGCUUUUGGAAUUUUUAAAUUCUCUUCCUAUUGUUUCUGAGUUUAGCGAAGUGCACCGGGAAAGUAAUUUCUAUGAUGCCGGUUAUUGGCAAUAUUGCACGGCUUAUGACUAGAUUUAUGUACAUUCAAAUUUGUUCAAGGACUAGUUGGGAUUUCCCAUUCAGUUAAGAAAUAGACUGUCCGUGUAUUUCUGAGAUUAGAUUCUGGCUCGAACAUGUAGACAAUUUAAAUUACAGAAAAUUGGGUAAAUGCACUGCUGUAGAUACGCUAAAAGUGUAUUCUGAUGCUAGUAGUUUCGCAUGUGGAGCGCAUAUUGUCAAUAUGCCAGGUUUUGUUUUUCACGACAUGUGGUCAGAAGAUGACAAAGAUAAAAGUUCAACUUUCCGAGAAAUGAAGGCUGUAUUUUUGGCACUGAGAGCGUAUGGACAUUCUUUAGCAAAUCAUAAGGUGAAAUGGUUCUCAGAUUCUCAAGUUUGUGUUCAUGUUAUCAAGGUUGGCAGCCCCAUUUUAGAGUUACAGGAAUUAGCUCUGAAUGUGUUUAGACUUUGUUUACAAAACAAGAUUGAUCUAGAUAUUCAAUGGGUCCCUAGGGAUUUGAACCAGAUUGCUGAUGAUAUCAGUAAAUAUAGGAAUACUGAUGAAUGGGAGGUUACACCUCAGUUUUUCGGGUAUAUGAAUAGGAUAUGGGGACCGUUUACAGUGGACAGAUUUGCUAAUUAUAGUAAUAGGAAAAUACAUAGAUUCAAUUCUAAGUUUCAUGAUUUUGAAACUGAGGCAGUCGAUGCAUUCACACAGAAUUGGGCCAGUGAAAAUAAUUGGUUAGUCCCGCCUAUUUAUCUAGUAAAUAGAGCUGUAUUUCAUUUAAUUGCUUGUUCUGCACAUGGAACUUUAGUUGUUCCUAAAUGGCCUAGCGCAGCAUUUUGGCCAACUUUGUUUGAAGCAAAUUGCCAGAAGAGAGAUUUUGUAUUGGGGUUUUUGGAGUUUGAUAAAUGGCAAUCAAUAUUUGAUAGCAGGAGUGAUAGCGUAUUUAGUUCUAGACGUUUCUCUAGCAAAGUUCUAGCUAUUCGUCUUUACUGGCCAGUAUUUUAAUGUAUACUAGACUGCAGAAGUAAGAAGUAAAUUGUGCUUAGUUGUGUUUUGUUUAGCUUGUGUGAUGCACACGAUUAUGAAUUAUGGAGAGGAAAUGUAUAACUUUUCGAGGAAAAGUAUAUCAAAGAUAGUAAUGACUAUACAUGACUCAGCAUUGAGUUGGAGUUGUUUACACUGGCUAUGCUUAAUAUUGUAAGCGUUUAAUGCUCAUGAAGGAAGCGAAAAAUAUUUUAAAUUUGUAUUUGCUAAUUGUAAAACAGCGUUUUCUGUAUAUAUACCUUGAUGUUUAAAAAGCACCGUUUAUAAAGAUCAUGAUCUUAAUAUUUAUUUUGGCAUAAAGGACGAUGAAAAGUAUAAGAAAGAUAAUCGUGAAAAUACAUGAUAUGAGUGUGUGUGGGUUGUUUCCCCUACGUUAUCGGCAUUAAUUUCGUUUAAUCGGCCUGUCGAGCCGGAGUGCCCAUUUGUACCUGGUACAAAUGAAGUCGUGUACUGUACACGAAGAUUAUAAGAAAUAUGUUUUGAAUGGUAUAUGUGUAUGUGAAAGGAAAAGUAAAUAAUUAUACACAAAAAGGUGUUAUUAUGUUAUUAUAUUAUACAUUUGACAGAUGCAUUCAAGGUUGGACAUUGGAGGAAUUUUCACAAAGAAUGUCUGCCCGAUGAUCCCAAAACACAUCAUGAUAAUUUACAAACGCUGGUGAAACUGUCAAAAUCAGAUAACACUUACAAACAAUACAAUUGUUAUUUUAAAUCGUUUUGCCAGUGGUGCAAAAAAUAUGAAUUUAAACCGCUUCCAGCUUUCGAUUAUCAUGUUGCACUUUUUCUUUCAUCCAUGAAAGAUUCUUCACCGUCAGCGUCAAAAGUGAACGCCAUUACUUAUAGUAUUUCGUGGGCUCAUAAAGUUUCAGGGUUUUCUGACCCUUGUAAUACAAAUCUAGUAAGUUUUACCAAAAAUGGUCUGUUGCGAGAUUCUGGCAGGCCGAUUCAGCAAAAAUCUGAAAUUUCUAAAGAAGAUUUGCUUAAACUUAUUGCUCAUUUCGGAAAUACAACCAAUAUCUUGGAUUUAAGAUUCAUUUGCUUGUGUUUAGUAAGUUUUGCAGUUUUUUAGAGAUUUAGUGAGCUUUCACAUAUUAAAAGGUCUGAUCUUAAGAUUUUUUCUGAUUGUGCAGAAAUUUUUAUUUCUUCUAGUAAAACAGAUCAGUGCAAAGCUGGCGAAAAGGUGAUCAUUUCUAGAACAGGAAAAUGUUCUUGUCCAGUUUCUUUCCUUGAGAAAUUUCUGUUUGAAGCUGAAAUUAAUGAUAAAUCAUGUGAUUACUUUUUUGUAAUAUCAGAUAUUCUCGUAAAUUGAAUAAGCAUAUUCUUUGCCCGGAAAAACCUAUUUCUUACAAUAGAGCCAGGGAAAUUUUGAUAACAAAUCUAAAAGCUGUCGGUAUUGAUAGUAAACAAUAUGGUUUACAUUCGUUUCGUUCGGGUGGGGCCACAGCAGCGGUUGCAAAUGGUGUAUCAGAGAGAUUGCUUAAAAAGCAUGGACGUUGGAAGUCCGACAGUGCUAAGGACAGAUAUGUUAGAGAUUCGGUACAAGUCAAAAUGAGUGUAUCGAAAAAUCUAGGAAUUUAGAUUAUUCAUUUUUUCUUUGUAUUUGACAAGUAUUGAAAUUAUUUCAUUUAUUUUGAAAUCAUGUUAAGGAUGGUUUGUUUACAAAUAUGACGAGAAUGGUAUUUAGUGUAUUGUAAAACGAAUAAUGUUAUACGAAGUAUUCGUAUGUUUAUGUAAAAAGAAUUCUUUUUCUUAGUCACUUGCGAUGAUCUGUAGAUCUUUAGUUUAACUGGAGCAAAUGUAUAAUUUGUUUUGUUUUGUUUUAAAAAACAUACAGUAAAAGAUUCCCCGUUCUUUUUCUUUCGCUUAAGUAUCCCGUCUGUAGCACACUUACACAUGUGUUCAUUUUAUUUUAUUAUCCUUAAGGUAAAUAAUAAAUUAUUUAUGUUUGGCAUGGAAUAUAAUGAAAUAGAAAACAUAAAUGUAUUUAUUAUUGUUGCGGUAUAGGAUUAUAAAAGUACUAUUAUGUAUAGGUCUGGUUACUCGUGCGUAAAUCAGGAGUUUUCCUCGUGCAUUUACUGAACUGAAUUGGUUAUUCGACGCUCAGACGGGAUAGAGUAAACAUUGCAAAAUUGUCAAAUUUUCAUUAUCUAUGAAUGUAUUCAGAUACAUAUAAUAAUAUAUGUUAAACAUUAUUUCGAACCUUGUUUAAAAUAUAUUUAUAUUUUCAGAUUGGUAUUUUACUGUUACCAUGGCAAUGCGAGUAUUGUUGAGUCUGAGAGUGGGUGCAGCAGUGGUUCCGGACACUUUACGACUGCUUUUAGCAGCGUAUUUUUCAUUAUGAAAUAUGUAUAAGAACUGUGAAGCCAGUAGUAAUAAUUUACUGGAAUUAUUUUAUCUUUGAUUAAAGUAUCCCGUCUGUAGCACAUCUACACAUGUGUUCAUUUUAUUUUAUUAUCCUUAAGGUAAAUAAUAAAUUAUUUAUGUUUGGCAUGGAAUAUAAUGAAAUAGAAAACAUAAUCAUAAAUAGACAAGUCGCGAAACUCGGUGUGUACUUUUACUUGAACGUGUAGCUGCACGUGCGUUGAGAUUAUUUUUUGACAAAUUCCACAUUGAUAUAAUCCACUUUACCCGUAGUAUCGUAUAUGUCAUGCUAGCCAACACAAUGCACACAUGGCUGGAUGAUGCAUCCGCAUAAGAAGUGAUUUGCAACCUCUCUAUUUCCUUAUGUGAUCGUGAAUUGACGUGUAAAUAACCAUGUACUUCAUAUUAACGUUAUGUUCCAACAAAUACAUGGCCAAAGUUAUACUUCAUCCUCAUGAUGCCACCUUACCAUUGUCAAUUUCCAUUUCUUAUGUGUAUUUGAACCUUUUAUUCAAAUGUUAUUCUCCAUUCAUGGAAUUAUGCUGAACCGACAGACCGUAGUUCCUUAAUGUCCAGUUCGGCAUGAAUUUAAAAUUAUUUUUAACAGACAAGUACCAUUCACCUUCACAAAAAAGACGGAUUUUUGGGACUACGAAAAAGACGGGAAUGACCCGCCAAUCGUGCGUACAUAUUUGGCGGGCACUUUGUUGCAGCCAGGACGGGUCGGAAAAGAAUUCCGGGCCUUUAUGAGGGAGCAGCUGUUUGUGGGGGUGGCCAGAGAUUUGUGGAUUGGUUGCACAGGGAUUCUCUUGGGAGGCAAAACCACGGAAGGUUCCUUAGAGAGCACACCCCUACAUCCGGGCUAUCGGUCGACAGUGACGUCAUUAUCAUGCGGAAUUGCCCUGGCCGACGCCGAAAGCGGGGCCCCUCUCUUGAAUCAGACGACCGGUAACAACGAGCUUAUCGAAUACUUCCAGACGUUUGCAAAAGGAAUAA